AUGGCUGAUGCUGCGGCUCUCAUUGAGGCUUCGGGCUCCAGAUUUAGUGAUUUGGAGCUCAUUGGUAGGGGGUCGUUCGGGGAUGUCUAUAAAGGGCAACCCAUGCGGUUUGAUAAGGAUCUUAACAAGGAGGUUGCUAUUAAAGUUAUUGAUCUCGAAGAAUCGGAGGAUGAAAUUGAGGACAUUCAAAAGGAAAUUGCAGUUUUGUCACAAUGUCGAUCUCCAUAUAUUACAGAAUACUAUGGAUCCUAUCUGCACCAAACUAAGCUUUGGAUAAUAAUGGAAUACAUGGCUGGUGGUUCUGUUGCUGACCUGAUUCAACCAAAUCAGCCUUUGGAUGAGAUGUCCAUAGCUUGCAUUUUACGUGACUUGCUUCAUGCAGUUGAAUACCUCCACAACGAAGGGAAAAUUCAUCGUGAUAUUAAAGCUGCCAAUAUUUUGUUGACAGAAAAUGGUGACGUUAAGGUUGCUGACUUCGGUGUUUCUGCACAAUUAACAAGAACAAUUUCAAGGAGAAAGUCUGUUACAGAGAAACUACUCUGGGUUAAUGUAGGGAUAGUGCUUUUGCUUAGUUACUAUGGAGAUGGCAGUCUCCUUGGGCUAAUGCAAUUAAAUAUGGCAGACAUUUGUAGGAACUCCAUUUUGGAUGGCUCCAGAAGUAAUCCAGAAUUCAGAAGGAUAUAA